GCAGGCAAACACAGAUCAUCAAGACAGAUAGGCAGUUCGUCUACAACAACUCAGGGACACACCCGGUGGACAGGAAUGUGAAUACAUAUCUGCUCCAGCGGCGGCCUUUGUGCGUUUAUUGAGACGGCAUCAUUUAUCUUACGAAGUGACCAAGUUCAUCACGCGCAUGUUAUUUUCUGCAAAAUGAAGCUGGGCCACGAGGUUGUCUCUUCAUCACCAUGAUCUCGAGGGUGUAUAUAAACAUCUGCUGUACUCUUCAUAUUGCGACUCUUCUGUCGGUGACAGCUCAUCUACCUGCUCACCUUUCAGCCCCACAGUACAGCCCAGCCAUGCCAUCGUCGAAAUAUAACCAGCUUCAUGACGCACGUACUACAGUAUACAUUGACAUUUUGCCAGAAUCCAGCUCAUUGCGGAGUCCAUUCUCAUCACGUUCGCGUACAUCAUCUUCUUCUCUAUACAAGUCGCCUCAAGUUGUCACUGCAUUCCACCCCUCUUCGAACACGCCGUGUCGCAUGAGGGACAUUGACUCCACAGUAACCUUCGCCUCGCCUUCUGUCGUCAUUGCUAAGUCAUCCUAUAUAAUAAUAUUAGAUGGCGCACCUAUACACAGCGAGGAUACGAAACUCGAAUGUAUUGGACCACGUUUCGCCGGGUCUAUGAACCCUUCCAAUGACGGUACACUGCUCUACAGAACAGCCUUAGUUCCCAAGUACUGGGAAAUCUUGUGCAAAUCCCCAGAUCCCACCAUAUAUAGCAUCAUUCAGGAUGUGUACUGUCCUCCAGACCCAGCAUCUCCCAGAAGGUCCUCAAGUCGCCCGCGCCCUGUUCUUAUCUUUUCAGCUACAUACCACUUCCGAUACCCAGUCCCUGUGUGCACGCCCCCAUCUUCCAUACCACCAUGCCUCACAUAUCAAUCCAAUCCACCUUUCAUCGCAAACAGUGCUCACGCUUAUUCCGAUUCAUUCGAGUCCAUCUGUCCACAAAACUACCCUAUAUUUUCAAGCCUCUCAGAUCAAGAGAGCCCUCAGUCGCACGAAGACAGCACGCAAAACCAGCUGUACGAGCACUUCGUAUUGAACGUCAGCCCGGGCAACCUUUCCCUCCAUGACUCCACAAUCAACAUUCAUGACUCGCUUGUGGCCACAUAUCCGUCGACGAUGGCACAGUCAUCGUUUUCAAGCUUCCCGAAGGACAUCCGUAAUUAUAUCAUGUAAAAAGUACACAUGUAACUUGCAUGUAACAGUAAUAUUAGCGCGUGUACUGUAUACUUGUAUCAUUGUAUGCUUGUUAUCCUAUAUAUGGAGGUCAGAUAGGCAGGCUGCCUUCUAAACUGACUUUCCGCGGAUCCUCGAAGGCCUUGGCAUCGACCCGUCUAAAAGUGAUAGGAAGUUAUAUUCAGAAUAAACGUGGUACUGCUUCGGUGUGUGUGCUUGUUAAUUUAGAUAUCAAAGUCCUCCGGUGGGGUUAGAUCUGCCAGACUGAGUUUC